UCGGGUAUUUCUAUUGGACAAUUUAUUACCUUGUCAAGAUUUUAAUGCGAAAAUUUCUCCAAAGAGGCACUUGAACAUUCUAGCUAGUCAGUUAAUGAUUUAGAAUGUCAACUUUUCACUAAGAAUAGGAAAAUAAAGUUGCUUAACAUCGAAGUUUAUUAGACAAUUUCUUGUAUAAACAGAGUUAUUCUCAUUCAGAGUUCGCCCAAUAACAAAGAAAGUAACAUAAGCGGUUAGGCUGGCAGUGACGUCACAUUGUUGUAAGUAACGACGGGAAUUCCCUUGCAUAGUGAAGCGAAAUUUCGAGUUUAACUGCAAAAAGGCUACAAUUAACCUAAGAUACUUGUUCUUCCAAUUAUGUCGACUGCCGAUCCAGGCGAAGAAACUCCUCAAGAGCCAGAAUUUCCAGAUGAUGUUAACUUAGCUUGGCACUGUGUUCUUGAAAAUAACCCCACAAGAUUUGCUCAGUUCUUUGAAAAUGAGGAAGAUCCUUACAAGGAGAAGGCACUUGAACAUUUAAACCAAAGAAAUGAUGAGGGGAAAUCUCCUUUAGAUUUGUCGUCUACUUUAGGAAGGCUUGAUAUGACUAAAGAACUUAUAACAAGAGGAGGAGAAGUAAAUAGUUCGUCAUGUCAAGGUUACAUUCCUCUCCACCGCGCAGCAGCCUGGGGCAGGAUAGAUGUCCUCAAACUGCUGGUAGACAAUGGGGCAGACCUGCAGCAGAAGACUGUACACGGAGAGCGUGCCCGGGAGGUGGCGCUCAGGUACAACCAUGCAGAGUGUGUGGACUACUUAGACUGGGCCGAGGCCAAAGUUUUUCUUCAAGACACAAUUAGAGCCAUGCAAGAAACUCUUGCAGAUCCAGAAAAGAUACAAGGAAGACUUACCAAGGAUGACCGGAAUAUCUGCAUGAAUGCCUGUAAAGAGAAGUCUGACUGGGUAGACCUUACUGUUGAUGCCACCACUCAAGACUUUAUUCUCAAAAAACAGGAACUUGAUGAAAUAUUUGCUCCAAUUUGG